GCAGUGGACCCGACCGUUCCGCUCGUCCGCCCACCCCUCCGCGCUAGGCGUCAUGGUUCGGGCCUAAUAUAAAAGGCUCCAAGGCCCAGGGCACACUUCGCCCUACGAAAGCGAGUCUGUGCGUCUGCGAGUCUGUGCGUCCCGCCCUUUCCCACGCAGUCAUGACCUCCGGCUACGCGCACAUCGGAAAGCCCGCCCCGGAAUUCCAGGCCACCGCCGUGGUGGAUGGCGCCUUCAAGGAGGUGAAGCUUUCAGACUACAAAGGAAAAUACUUGGUCCUCUUUUUCUACCCGCUGGACUUUACCUUUGUGUGCCCCACGGAGAUCAUCGCUUUCAGUGAACGUGCCGAGGAGUUCCACAAGCUGGACUGCGAUGUGCUGGGCGUCUCUGUGGACUCUCAGUUCACCCACCUGGCUUGGAUCAACACCCCCCGGAAGGAGGGAGGCUUGGGCCCCCUGAACAUCCCCCUGCUGGCUGAUGUAACCAGAAGCUUGUCCCGUGAUUAUGGCGUGCUGAAGGAAGAUGAGGGCAUCGCCUACAGGGGCCUCUUUAUCAUCGAUGGCAAGGGUGUCCUUCGCCAGAUCACCAUCAAUGAUUUGCCUGUGGGGCGCUCUGUGGAUGAGGCUCUGCGGCUGGUCCAGGCCUUCCAGUACACAGAUGAGCACGGGGAAGUCUGUCCCGCUGGCUGGAUGCCAGGCAGUGACACAAUCAAGCCCAACGUGGACGACAGCAAGGAAUAUUUCUCCAAACACAACUAGGCUGGCAGAGGGGUGGCAAGCUUGGGCUCUUGGCCCCCAUCUGUGCCCCCACCUGGGUGCCCCAUACUGACCCAGGAAAGGCCCCUUCAGACUCUACAGUCCAUGACCCCAGAGGGCUAGGCCAAGGCUUUCUCAAGCUACCAGCUGAGAGCUGGUGAACGGUGACCCCCUCCUUGGAGCCCACAUAGCUGAGAACAGGCCUAGAGGCGACUAAUAAAGUAUUAGGGACAGAUGUAA